CGGCUGAAGAGAUUUGUAUUGAAUAUGAUAUUCUUGCUUGUGUCCAUGGAAUUGAAGGUACUAGGGACUUUUAUCUUGGAAUGGGAUGAAGGAAGUAUUAUAGCCAAUGAAUUGCUCUCAACAAAGGAGUCUACUCACUUGUAUGCUGAGCGCUUGGCAGAGCUUGCUUCUAAAUUAGGGUUUGAUGGGUGGCUGCUUAAUAUGGAGGUUAAAUUGGAUGUAAAGCAAAUUCCUAAUAUGAAAGAAUUUAUCAGCCAUUUAACACAGACUAUGCACUCCUUAGUGCAGGGAUCUUUGGUUAUCUGGUAUGAUAGUGUUACAGUUGAUGGGGAUCUUAGCUGGCAAGAUCAACUGAACGAAAAAAAUAAGCCUUUCUUUGAUCUCUGUGACGGCAUAUUUGUAAACUAUACAUGGAAGGAAAACUACCCGAAGCUUUCAGCAGCAGUUGCUGGUGAUAGACGGUAUGAUGUCUACAUGGGAAUAGAUGUAUUUGGAAGGAACACUUAUGGUGGUGGAAAAUGGAACACAAAUGUUGCGCUUGAUUUGCUAAGGAAGGAUGAUGUGUCAGCUGCCAUAUUUGCUCCUGGAUGGGUCUAUGAGACUAAGCAACCACCUGAUUUUGAGACUGCCCAAAAUCGUUGGUGGUCCCUUGUUGAGAAGUCAUGGGGGAUUCUACAAAAGUAUCCAAAAGCUUUGCCAUUCUACACAAACUUUGAUCAGGGACGUGGUUUACAUAUUUCUAUUGAGGGAGGACAAGUAUCAAAUGCUUCUUGGAAUAACAUUUCUUCCCAAGGGUUUCAGCCUUUUCUUAAGUUUAAUGAUGAUCCCAAUUCAGAUACCAUUCAAGUUCUAGUCGACUUCAAAGAAGCAUCUUAUAGCGGAGGAGGGAACCUCACAUUUAAAGGAACUCUUGAAAACAAUGCCCAGUUCACUGCAAGGCUCUUUGAGGGAGAGCUUCUUUUGGGGGAUUCACCUGUCCACUUCUCAUAUUCUGUGAAAUCAAAAGAAAAUUCUCUACUGGGCCUUAUUGUGGAGUUCUCUUCUGCCACAGAAGAAAAAAAGAGAGUUUUUGUUACAGCUAAGCGAACGGAUCAAUUCUCAGGAAAAUUCAGUCAUAACAUUGUGCCAUAUCAAAUUCAAAAGGCUUCAGGAUGGCUCAUACUGGAGGGUGGAAUUGUAAAGAAUGGAGACAUAAUAACAGGAAUUAGUGCUGUAUGUUACAGGCCAGAUCCUGUAGAUUUAGCUCACGGUCCUGCAGAAUAUUUUGCAAUGCUUGGUCACCUCACGGUUAAAACUGCAGGACAGAGUUCACACUUCCCUCCAUCUAGUUCAUGGCGUGUCGAGGGUGAAUAUAUUGAAUGGACUUCAGGUUCUCAGGGUUCCAAAAAUCUUAGUAUGAAGAUCAGCUGGGGAUUAUUGGAGAGGAUAUUCUUGCAGUACCCAAAGUAUAAUGUCUAUGUCGAGAAACUCAGAGAAGAAACCUUUCAAAACCGACAUGGAAGACGAGAAGGGGCGCACAAGUAUCUUGGGGUUGCACACGUACAAGCCUUUUAUGUUUCUAACCUCACCGUUCCUUCUGGCAUUGCCAGUCUCAAGUUCAUUAUUCAACCAUGUGAUAAUGACGGAUCAAUCCAGAAGCUGGAUGAUUCUCCAUUUUUUCAGCUUGAUGUUUGAUCAUGAGUAAUGUUAAUGCAAUGUUUCCACUUCAUAUGUACUAUUUGUCCCUGAAAAGGGUUGAUUAAUAUUUACUUAUAUCUGCCCAACUAAUAUCAGAACAAUAAAGUUGGCCAUAAU